UGCAGGAGCGUGCAGCCUGCCUGGGGCACGCUGAACCAUGGCAGCCCUGCUGAGACCCGCGCGGUGGCUGCUCGGGGCCUCGGCGGCCCCGCGCCUCCCGCUGUCCCUGCGCCUCUUGGCUGGCGGCCCGGGCCGGCUGUGUCCCGUCCCCCAGGUGGCGGCCGCUGGGGGCAGGCGGCCCGCGGGAGAGCAGCUGAGCCAAGCCAGGUUAUAUGCCAUUGUUGCCGAAAAGAGGGAUCUUCAAGAGGAGCCUGCUCCUGUGAGGAGGAGUCAGUUCGAUUGGGCUCUGAUGAGACUGGAUAACUCUGUCCGAAGAACGGGCCGCAUUACAAAGGGACUUCUGCAGAGAGUCUUUGAGAGCACGUGUCGCUCAGGUAGCCCAGGUGGUAAUCAAGCCUUGCUCCUGCUGCGCAGCUGUGGUUCACUCUUGCCAGAGCUGACUCUUGCAGAAAGGACAGAGUUUGCUCAUAAGAUAUGGGACAAACUUCAGAAAUUAGGUACCGUGUAUGAUGUCAGUCAUUAUAAUGCGUUACUUAAAGUGUAUCUUCAAAAUGAACAUAAAUUCUCGCCUACUGAUUUCCUGGCAAAGAUGGAGGGGGCAAACGUCCAGCCAAAUCGGGUGACAUACCAGAGGUUGAUUGCUGCCUACUGUGAUGCUGGAGACAUUGAAGGUGCCAGCAAGAUUCUUGGAUUUAUGAAAACAAAGGAUCUUCCAAUCACAGAGGCGGUGUUCAGUGCUCUUAUUACAGGCCAUGCAAGAGCUGGAGAUAUGGAGAACGCAGAAAAUAUUCUCACAGUGAUGAAAGAGGCUGGCAUUGAACCUGGGCCAGACACGUAUGUGGCCUUGUUGAACGCAUAUGCUGAGAAGGGUGACAUUGACCAUGUUAAGCAGAUUCUGGAGAAAGUGGAGAAGUCAGAUCAUUAUCUUAUGGACCGUGAUUUAUUGCAAAUUAUUGCUACCUUUAGUAAGGCUGGAUAUCCUCAGUACGUCUCAGAAAUUCUGGAAAAGAUUUCCUAUGAAAGAAGAUAUAUUCCAGAUGCAAUGAACCUCAUUUUGCUUUUAGUCACUGAAAAGUUGGAAGAUACUGCACUCCAGAUUUUAUUGGCAUUACCCGUGUCAAAGGAAGAGAGCGGAAAUGUAUUUGGCAGUUUCUUUUUGCGGCACUGCGUGACUGUGAAUACGCCUGUGGAGAAGCUCAUCGACUACUGUAAGAAGCUGAAGGAGGCCAAGCUGCACGAAUCUUCUUUGCAGUUCACUCUCCAUUGUGCUCUCCUGGCCAAAAACACCGCUUUGGCAAAAGCGGUGAUGCAGGCUUUGAGGGAAGAAGGGCUUCCCAUCCGAACGCACUAUUUCUGGCCCUUGCUAGCUGGACAUCAGAAGACGAAAAAUGUUCAAGGAAUAAUGGAGAUCCUCAAAAUAAUGCAUGAGUUGGGUGUAAAUCCUGAUCAGGACACAUAUAUACAGUAUGUGUUUCCAUGCUUUGAUAAUGCAGAGUCAGUUCGAGCUGCUUUGCAGGAAAAUGAAUGUCUACCUACAAGUAAUAAAUUUGCUCAAGCUGAAGUGAGAAAUGAAGCAAUAAAUGGGAACCUACGGAACAUUUUGUCCUUUUUGGAAUCGAAUGCAGUGCCUUUAUCGUUUAGUUCUUUGAGACGCAGCCUAAUUCUAGGCUUUCGGAGGUCUAUGGAUGUAGAUCUUUGGAGCAAGAUAACAGAAUUGUUGUACAAGAGUGGACGUUACUGCCGAGAGCCUCCAGAAGCUGUUGGCUAUUUUCUGUAUAACUUGAUUGACAGCAUGGGUGACUCAGAGGUACAGGCCAAGGAGGAGCAUUUGAGACAAUACUUCCAUCAGCUGAAGGAGAUGAAUGUUAAAGUUCCUGAAAACAUCUACAGAGGCAUUCGUAAUUUGCUGGAUAACUACCACGUUCCUGAAUUGAUUAAGGAUGUUAAGGUGCUGGUUGACAAAGAGAAGGUAGAUUCUCGAAAAACUUCCCAGCUGACCUCAUCUGAUUUGGAGUCAACACUUGAAAACCUAAAAGCUCAAAAUCAGCCUCUAGGAGACGUCCUGAAGCAGCUCCUCCUGCUGCUCUGCUCGGAAGAGAAUAUGCAAAAAGCCCUUGAAGUGAAAGCAAAGUAUGAGUCCGACAUGGUUAUUGGUGGCUAUGCAGCUUUAAUAAAUGUGUGCUGUCGAAAUGAUAAUGCAGAAGAUGCAUUGAACUUGAAACAGGAAUUUGACCGCUUAGAUCCUUCUGCUGUUCUUGAUACUGCCAAGUAUCUAGGCCUUGUCAAAGUGUUGGCAAAGCAUGGCAAGCUCCCAGAUGCGAUUAACAUUCUAAAGGAGAUGAAAGAGAAGGGUGUCUUUAUCAAAGAUGCAACAGUGUCCUUUUUCCACAUCCUAAAUGGCGCGGCUUUAAGAGGGGAAAUUGAAACAGUCAAACAGUUGCAUGAAGCCAUCGUGACUCUUGGGUUAGCACAGCCGUCCACCAGCAUAAGCACCCCAUUGGUCACUGUGCACCUGGAAAAGGGUGAUUUACCUGCCGCGCUUGAAGCCAGCAUUGAAUGCCAUGGGAAAUAUAAAAUAUUACCCAGGAUUCAUGAUGUCUUGUGUAAGCUGAUAGAGAAAGGAGAGACCGAUUUAAUCCAGAAAGCAAUGGACUUCGUGAGCCAAGAGCAAGGCGAGAUGACGAUGCUCUAUGACCUCUUCUUUGCCUUCCUACAGACAGGAAAUUACAAAGAGGCCAAGAAGAUCAUCGAGACUCCAGGCAUUAGAGCUCGGCCUACAAGACUUCAGUGGUUUUGUGAGAGAUGCAUUUCCAAUAAUCAGGUUGAAACUCUUGAAAAGUUGGUGGAGCUGACCCAGAAGCUGUUUGAAUGUGAUAGAGACCAGAUGUACUACAGCUUACUAAAACUACACAAAAUAAAUGGUGACUGGCAGCGAGCUGAUGCUGUCUGGAAUAAAAUGCAAGAAGAAAACAUUAUCCCUCGUGAAAGGACAUUGCAACUAUUAGCAGAGAUCCUGAAAAACAGCAACCAGGAAGUUCCCUUCGAUGUCCCCGAGUUGUGGUUUGAAGAUGACAGACCUUCCCUGAGUUCUUCAUCACCCUCAGCAGUAGAAACCAAUACUGAGAAGAUGUUGUUGAAAGCCUGCAGACUGAAAAAGAACAAAGAUGCAUAUAAUGUCUUCCUCAGAGCUCAAAAGCAGAACAUUGUAUUUAGCAGUGAAGCGUACAGCACUCUGAUAGGCUUGCUGCUGCGCAAGAACAGUUUCACACAGGCCAUGCAAGUGAAAGAUUUCGCCGAGACCCACAUCAAGGGCUUCACACUGAACGAUGCUGCCAACAGCCUCCUCAUCAUAACGCAAGUUAGGCGGGAUUAUUUGAAAGCGGCUCUAGCGACAUUGAAAGCAGCCUUGGACCUGGAGCAGAUUCCUUCUCACGUAGCCAUCACCCGCCUCAUCCAGGCCUUUGCCUUAAAGGGAGACCUGGAAAGCAUAGAGGCCAUUCAGAAGAUGGUAAACGGACUCAACAUGGUUGGACUCUCCAGUAUGGUUUUCAUCAAUAACAUUGCUUUGGCCCAGAUGAAGAAUAAUAACAUAGCUGUCGCCGUAGAAAAUAUUGAACACCUGCUUUCUUCGGAGAGUCAAACCCUAGAACCCCAGUACUUUGGCUUGUCCUAUUUAUUCAGAAAAGUAAUAGAAGAACAGAUGGAGCCAGCGUUAGAGCAGCUAAGCAUCAUGUCUGAGAGAUUGGCCAAUCAGUUUGCACUUUACAAGCCCGUCACUGAUCUCUUCCUGCAGCUUGUGGAUUCAGGCAAGGUGGAUGAGGCCAAAGCUCUCUUAGAGAGAUGUGGUGCCAUUGCCGAGCAAAGCCCAAUUUUGUCGGUGUUCUGUCUCAGGAGUGCUCAGAAACCGGGAAAGGCCCCAGUUCUGAAGACUUUGUUGGAAUUGAUUCCUGAAUUACGUGAAAAGAGAGAAGCAUAUUCUUGCAGCAUGAAGAGCUUUGUCUUAGACAAAGAUGUGGCCUCCGCCCGAGCGCUGUACGAGCACUUGACGGCAAAGAAUGAGAAGCUGGAUGAGCUGUUUCUGAAGCGCUAUGCGACUUUGCUCAAGGAAGUUGGCGAGCCGGUCCCCUUUGCAGAGCCCCCGGAAAGCUUUGAGUUUUAUGUGAGGCAGCUAAAGGAAGCCAGGGAGAGCCCUUCGUGAAAUAAGCAGCACUGAGAGGAAGCGUGCGUGUGUGCGUGUGUGCGUGUGUGCGUGUGUGUGUGUGUGUGUGUGUGUGUGUGCGUGCAGUGUGUGGUGUCUGUAUCUAAGUGUUAUUUCUAAAAUGUACUUGAGGAAAAAUAAACAAAUGAAGCUGAA